AUGUGGACCGGUUGGUCCAAACGGCCAGUUGGUCCUGUGGACCGGUUGGCCAACCGGCCAGUUGGUCCUGUGGACCGGUUGGUCCAACCGGCCAGUUGGUCCUGUGGACCGGUUGGCUCAACCGGCCAGUUGGUCCUGUGGACCGGUUGGUCCAACCGGCCAGUUGGUCCUGUGGACCGGUUGGACCAACCGGCCAGUUGGUCCUGUGGACCGGUUGGACCAACCGGCCAGUUGGUCCUGUGGACCGGUUGGACCAACCGGCCAGUUGGUCCUGUGGACCGGUGGACCAACGGCCAGUUGGUCAUGUGGACGGUUGGACCAACCGGCAGUUGGUCCUGUGGACCGGUUGGUACCAACCGGGCCCAGAUUGGGUCCUGCAGUGGACCGGUUGGUCCAACGGCCAGUUGGUCCUUGUGGACCGGUUGGACCAACCGGCCAGUUGGUCCUGUGGACCGGUUGGUCCAACGGCCAGUUGGUCCUGUGGACCGGUUGGACCAACCGGCAGUUGGUCCUUGUGUGGACGGUUGGACCAACCGGCCAGUGGUCCUGUGGGACGGUUGGUCCAAACCGGCCAGUUGGUCAUGUGGACCGGUUGGUCCAACCGGCCAGUUGGUCCUGUGGACCGGUUGGUCCAACCGGCCAGUUGGUCCUGUGGACCGGUUGGACCAACCGGCCAGGUUGGUCCCUGUGGACGGUUGGACCAACCGGCCAGUUGGUCUGUGGACCGGUGGGACCAACCGGCCAGUUGGUCAUGUGGGACCUGUUGGACAACGGCCAGUUUGGUCCUGUGGACCGGUUGGACCAACCGGCCAGUUGGUCAUGUGGACCGGUUGGUCCAACCGGCCAGUUGGUCCUGUGGACCGGUUGGACCAACCGGCCAGUUGGUCAUGUGGACCGGUUGGUCCAACCGGCCAGUUGGUCCUGUGGACCGGUUGGUCCAACCGGCCAGUUGGUCAUGUGGACCGGUUGGACCAACCGGCCAGUUGGUCCUGUGGACCGGUUGGACAACCCGGCCAGUUGGUCAUGUUGGACCGGUUGGUCCAACCGGCCAGUUGGUCCUGUGGACCGGUUGGAUCCAAUACCGGCCAGUUGGUCAUGUGGACCGGUUGGACCAACCGGCCAGUUGGUCCUGUGGACCGGUUGGUCCGCAACCGGCCAGUUGAGUCCUGUGGACCGGUUGGACCAACCGGCCAGUUGGUCCUGUGGACCGGUUGGUACCAACCGGCCAGUUGGUCCUGUGGACCGGUUGGACCAACCGGCGCAGUUGGUCCUGUGGACCGGUUGGGACCAACCGGCCAGUUGGUCCUGUGGACCGGUUGGUCCAACCGGCCAGUUGGUCCUGUGGACCGGUUUGGACCAACCGGCAGUUCUGUGCCGGCCUUGGGGCACUGGUGUGACCGGUUUUGGGUCCAACCGGCCAGUUGGUCCUGUGGACCGGUUGGUCCAACCGGCCAGUUGGUCCUGUGGACCGGUUGGUCCAACCGGCCAGUUGGUCCUGUGGACCGGUUUGGUCCAACCGGCCAGUUGGUCAUUGUGGACCGGUUGGUACCAACCGGCCAGUUGGUCAUGUGGACCGGUUGGUACCAACCGGCCAGUUGGUCCUGUGGACCGGUUGGUCCAACCGGCCAGUUGGUCAUGUGGACCGGUUGGUACCAACCGGCCAGUUGGUCCUUGUGGACCCGGUUGGACCAACCGGCCAGUUGGUCCUGUGGACCGGUUGGUACCAACCGGCCAGUUGGUCCUGUGGACCGGUUGGACCAACCGGCCAGUGGUCCUGUGGACCGGUUGGUCCAACCGGCCAGUUGGUUCCUGUGGACCGGUUGGUCCAACCGGCCAGUUGGUCCUGUGGACCGGUUGGUACCAACCGGCCAGUUGGUCCUGUGGACCGGUUGGUCCAACCGGCCAGUUGGUCCUGUGGACCGGUUGGUACCAACCGGCCAGUUGGUCCUGUGGACCGGUUGGACCAACCGGCCAGUUGGUCCUGUGGACCGGUUGGACCAACCGGCCAGUUGGUCCUGUGGACCGGUUGGGUCCAACCGGCCAGUUGGUCCUGUGGACCGGCCAAGUUGGUCCUGUGGACCGGUUGGGUACCAAACCGGCCAGUUGGUCCUGGUGACCGGUUGGACCAACCGGGCCAGUUGGUCAUGUGGACCGGUUGGACCAACCGGCCAUUUGGUCCUGUGGACCGGUUGGACCAACCGCCAGUUGGUCAUGUGGACCGGUUUGGACCAACCGGCCAGUUUGGUCCGUGGACCGGUUGGACCAACCGGCCAGUUGGUCCUGUGGACCGGUUGGACCAACCGCCAGUUGGUCAUGUGGACCGGUUGUCCAACCGGCCAGUUGGUCCUGUGGACCGGUUGGACGCAACCGGCCAGUUGGUCAUGUGGACCGGUUGGACCAACCGGCCAGUUGGUCCUGUGGACCGGUUGGACCAACCGGCCAGUUGGUCCUGUGGACCGGUUGGACCAACCGGCCAGUUGGUCCUGUGGACCGGUUGGGACCAACCGGCCAGUUGGUCAUGUGGACCGGUUGGACCAACCGGCCAGUUGGUCAUGGUGGACCCGGCGUUGGUCCAACCGGCCAGUUGGUCUGUGGACCGGUUGGACCAACCGGCCUAGUUGGUCCUGUGGGACCGGUUUGGACCAACCGGCCAGUUGGUCCUGUGGACCGGUUGGACCAACCGGCCAGUUGGUCAUGUGGACCGGUUGGUCACCAACCGGCCAGUUGGUCUGUGGACCGGUUGGCCAACCGGCCAGUUGGUCAUGUGGGACCGGUUGGUCCAACCGGCCAGUUGGUCCUGUGGACCGGUUGGUCCAACCGGCCAGUUGGUCCUGUGGACCGGUUGGUACCAACCGGCCAGUUGGUCCUGUGGACCGGUUGGACCAACCGGCCAGUUGGUCCUGUGGACCGGUUGGACCAACCGGCCAGUUGUCCUGUGGACCGGUUGGACCAACCGGCCAGUUGGUCAUGUGGACCGGUUGGUCCAACCGGCCAGUUGGUCCUGUGGACCGGUUGGACAACCGGCCAGUUGGUCAUGUGGACGGUUGGACCAACCGGCCAGUUUGGUCCUGUGGACCGGUUGGACCAACCGGCCUAGUUGGUCCUGUGGACCGGUUGGUCCAACCGGCCAGUUGGUCCUGUGGACCGGUUGGACCAACCGGCCAGUUGGUCAUGUGGACCGGUUGGACCAACCGGCCAGUUGGUCCUGUGGACCGGUUGGAUCCAACCGGCAGUUGGUCCUGUGGACCGGUUGGACCAACCGGCCAGUUGGUCCUGUGGACCGGUUGGUACCAACCGGCCAGUUGGUCCUGUGGACCGGUUGGACCAACCGGCCAGUUGGUCAUGUGGACCGGUUGGUACCAACGGCCAGUUGGUCCUGUGGACGGUUGGACCAACCGGCCAGUUGGUCCUGUGGACCGGUUGGACCAACCGGCCAGUUGGUCCUGUGGACCGGUUGGAUCCAACCGGCCAGUUGGUCCUCGUGGACCGGUUGGUCCAACCGGCCAGUUGGUCCUGUGGACCGGUGGACCAACCGGCCCAGUUGUCCUGUGGACCGGUUUGUCCAACGGCCAGUUGGUCCUGUGGACCGGUUGGACCAACCGGCCAGUUGGUCCUGUGGACCGGUUGGUACCAACCGGCCAGUUGGUCCUGUGGACCGGUUGGACCAACCGGCCAGUUGGUCCUUGUGGACCGGUUGGUCCAACCGGCCAGUUGGUCCUGUGGACCGGUUGGACCAACCGGCCAGUUGGUCCUGUGGACGGUUGGACCAACCGGCCAGUUGGUCCUGUGGACCGGUUGGUACCAACCGGCCAGUUGGUCCUGUGGACCGGUUGGUCCAACCGGCCAGUUGGUCCUGUGGACCGGUUGGUCCAACCGGCCAGUGGUCCUGUGGGACCGGUUGGACCAGUUGGUCAUGUGGACCGGUUGGACCAACCGGCCAGUUGGUCCUGUGGACCGGUUGGACCAACCGGCCAGUUGGUCCAUGUGGACCGGUUGGUACCAACCGGCCAGUUGGUCCUGUGGACCGGUUGGACCAACCGGCCAGUUGGGUCCUGUGGACCGGUUGGACCAACCGGCCAGUUGGUCAUGUGGACCGGUUGGUCCAACCGGCCAGUUGGUCCUGUGGACCGGUUGGACCAACCGGCCAGUUGGUCAUGUGGACCGGUUGGACCAACCGGCCAGUUGGUCCUGUGGACCGGUUGGACCAACCGGCCAGUUGGUCCUGUGGACCGGUUUGGUACAACCGGCCAGUUGGUCCUGUGGACCGGUUUGGACCAACCGGCCAGUUGGUCCUGUGGACCGGUUGGACCAACCGGCCAGUUGGUCCUGUGGACCGGUUGGACCAACCGGCCAGUUGGUCCUGUGGACCGGUUGGACCAACCGGCCAGUUGGUCCUGUGGACCGGUUGGUACCAACCGGCCAGUUGGUCCUGUGGACCGGUUGGACCAACCGGCCAGUUGGUCAUGUGGACCGGUUGGUACCAACCGGCCAGUUGGUCCUGUGGACCGGUUGGACCAACCGGCCAGUUGGUCGGUUGGACCAACCGGCCAGUUGGUCCUGUGGACCGGUUGGACCAACCGGCCAGUUGGUCCUGUGGACCGGUUGGACCAACCGGCCAGUUGGUCAUGUGGACCGGUUGGACCAACCGGCCAGUUGGUCCUGUGGACCGGUUGGACCAACCGGCCAGUUGGUCCUGUGGACCGGUUGGACCAACCGGCCAGUUGGUCCUGUGGACCGGUUGGACCAACCGGCCAGUUGGUCCUGUGGACCGGUUGGACCAAACGGCCAGUUGGUCCUGUGGACCGGUGGACCAACCGGCCAGUUGGUCCUGUGGACCGUUGGACCAACCGGCCAGUUGGUCCUGUGGACCGGUUGGACCAACCGGCCAGUGGUCUGUGGACCGGUUGGACCAACCGGCCAGUUGGUCCUGUGGACCGGUUGGACCAACGGCCAGUUGGUCCUGUGGACCGGUUGGACCAACCGGCCAGUUGGUCAUGUGGACCGGUUGGUCCAACCGGCCAGUUGGUCAUGUGGACCGGUUGGACAACCGGGCCAGUUGGUCCUGUGGACCGGUUGGACCAACCGGCCAGUUGGUCCUGUGGACCGGUUGGACCAACCGGCCCAGUUGGUCAUGUGGACCGGUUUGGACCAACGGCCAGUUGGUCAUGUGGACCGGUUGGACCAACCGGCCAGUUGGUCCUGUGGACCCGGUUGGUCCAACCGGCCAGUUGGUCCUGUGGACCGGUUGGUCCAAUCCGGCCAGUUGGUCCUGUGGACCGGUUGGAUCCAACCGGCCAGUUGGUCCUGUGGACCGGUUGGACCAACCGGCCAGUUGGUCCUGUGGGACCGGUUGGACCAACCGGCCAGUUGGUCCUGUGGACCGGUUGGUACCAACCGGCCAGUUGGUCCUGUGGACCGGUUGGACCAACCGGCCAGUUGGUCCUGUGGACCGGUUGGACCAACCGGCCAGUUGGUCCUGUGGGACCGGUUGACCAACCGGCCAGUUGGUCCUGUGGACCGGUUGGACCAACCGGCCAGUUGGUCAUGUGGACCGGUUGGACAACCGGCCAGUGGUCCGGUUGGACCAACCGGCCAGUUGGUCCUGUGGACCGGUUGGACCAACCGGCCAGUUGGUCCUGUGGACCGGUUGGACCAACCGGCCAGUUGGUCCUGUGGACCGGUUGGACCAACCGGCCAGUUGGUCCUGUGGACCGGUUGGACCAACGGCCAGUUGGUCAUGUGGACCGGUUGGACCAACCGGCCAGUUGGUCCUGUGGACCGGUUGGACCAACCGGCCAGUUGGUCCUGUGGACCGGUUGGACCAACCGGCCAGUUGGUCAUGUGGACCGGUUGGACCAACCGGCCAGUUGGUCCUGUGGACCGGUUGGACCAACGGCCAGUUGGUCUGUGGACCGGUUGGACCAACCGGCCAGUUGGUCAUGUGGACCGGUUGGACCAACCGGCCAGUUGGUCCUGUGGACGGUUGGACCAACCGGCCAGUUGGUCCUGUGGACCGGUUGGACCAACCGGCCAGUUGGUCCUGUGGACCGGUUGGUCAAUGUGCCCGGUUGGUCCAACCGGCCAGUUGGUCCUGUGGACCGGUUGGACCAACCGGCCAGUUGGUCCUGUGGACCGGUUGACCAACCGGCCAGUGUUGGUCCUGUGGACCGGUUGACCAACCGGCCAGUUGGUCAUGUGGACCGGUUGGACCAACCGGCCAAGUUGGUCAUGUGGACCGGUUGGUCCAACCGGCCAGUUGGUCCUGUGGACCGGUUGGACCAACCGGCUCCGUUGGUCCGUGGACCGGUUGGACCAACUGGCCAGUUGGUCCUGUGGACCGGUUGGACCAACCGGCCAGUUGGUCCUGUGGACCGGUUGGACCAACCGGCCAGUGGUCAUGUGGACCGGUUGACCAACCGGCCAGUUGGUCCUGUGGACCGGUUGGACCAACCGGCCAGUUGGUCCUGUGGACCGGUUGGUCCAACCGGCCAGUUGGUCCUGUGGACCGGUUGGACCAACCGGCCAGUUGGUCCUGUGGACCGGUUGGACCAACCGGCCAGUUGGUCCUGUGGACCGGUUGGACCAACCGGCCAGUUGGUACAUGUGGACCGGUUGGACCAAACCGGCCAGUUGGUCCUGUGGACCGGUUGGACCAACCGGCCAGUUGGUCUGUGGACCGGUUGGACCAACCGGCCAGUUGUCGUCUGUGGGACCGGUUGGACCAACCGGCCAGUUGGUCCUGUGGAACGGUUGGACCAACCGGCCAUGGUCCUGUGGACCGGUUGGACCAACCGGCCAGUUGGUCAUGUGGACCGGUUGGACCAACCGGCCAGUUGGUCCUGUGGACCGGUUGGACCAACGGCCAGUUGGUCCUGGACCGGUUGGUCCAACCGGCCAGUUGGUCCUGUGGACCGGUUGGACCAACCGGCCAGUGGUCCUGUGGACGGUUGGACAAACCGGCCAGUUGGUCCUGUGGACGGUUGGACCAACCGGAUUGUGGUCCUGUGGACCGGUUGGACCAACCGGCCAGUUGGUACUGUGGACCGGUUGGACCAACGGCAGUUGGUCAUGUGGACCGGUGGGUCCAACCGGCCAGUUGGUCUGUGGACCG